GCGAGCUGAAGAAGAAGUCGUGUCACGCGAGCAGCGAGCAUCGUCCUGUCGGCUUCCUCAAUGACGGACCCGGAGCCUUCCUCGAGGGCCGGCGCACCGAGCCCCGCGGUCCCUUCGAGGCCCAACUCCGUCGUCGCCGCCGUGCUGCUGGAGAUCCCCUGGGAGUGCCUCGCGCUGGUGCUGCUGCUGGCGGUCAGCCUCUGCGCGGGCCUGUCCCUGGCGGUGCACGCACUGUGGACGCGCUACUCCGACCACGGGUCCCGCGCGGCUGCCGAGCCGCGCCUGUCCAGCAGCGGGGACUUCCGGUCCUACGCGGCCGCCACCGACGCCGUUCAGUGCGCCUCCGUCACACGGUUCAUCUUCGAGCGCAACGGGUCCGUAGCAGACGCGGCCAUUGCGACGUUCCUCUGCGCCUGCGUCGUGCUGCCCCAUGCUGUGGGCCUGGGUGGCGGAUUCAUCGCGCUCAUCUACGACAGGAAGGACAAUGCGACGCACGUUCUGGACGCUCGCGAGGUGGCUCCCUUGGCAGCCAGGCCGGACAUGUUCAUCCAGAACACGGACGAGGCACUCGUUGGUGGCCGUGCGGUGGCCGUUCCCGGCGUGGUUCACGGGCUGGGCGAACUGCACCAGCGCUUCGGCCGGCUGCCGUGGGCCGAGCUGUUCACGCCCGCGGUGAACCUUGCGCGUUUCGGCUUUCCCGUGGGUCCCGAGCUCGCCGCAGCCCUGGCCGGCGCCCGGUCCAUGUUUGAAACGAACCUCCGGGCCCGGGCUCACUUCUGGAACGAGGUAUCCAACUUGCCCUACAGGGAAGGGGAGACGCUGAAGCAGCCACUGCUGGCCGACACCCUGGAGGCAAUAUCCAACGACAGCGCCGGCGCCUUCUAUAACGGCAAAAUCGCCAGGGUUCUCGUCAGAGACCUGAGAAGCAUCGGCGGCAUCCUGACGCAGCGGGACCUGCGCACGUACACGUCCAAGUGGCGGGCGCCCGUCGAGUCCGAGCUUGUGGACGGCUCGCGGCUACAGAGCGCGCCCGCGCCCAGCUCGGGCCCCGUGCUGCUGUACGCGGCCGCGCUGCUCAACCGCAUGCAUGCGCCGCACUCUCAGGAGCUGCUCUUCCACCGCAUGGUGGAGAGCUUCAAGUACGCGUACGCCAAGUUCAACGAGCUCUCCGACGAAGACUUCGCCAACCUGUCUGCGAGCAUGCGCAGCAUCACCUCCGUGGAGCACGUACGGCGCACGCUGAGCCUGAUCGACGACCAGCGCACGUACGACGACCCCCGGCAUUACGGGCUGCACCGGCUCGGUCGCAUGCAACACGGCUCUUCGCACUUCGCCUUCCUAGGGCCCGCGGGUGACGCGGUCUCCAUGACGGGCUCCCUCGGAGAGCACUUCGGCGCUCGGUGCGUGUCCCCGACGCUGGGCGUGGUGCUCAACAACCACAUGUCCGAGUUCACGCUGCCGAGGCCCCCGAUGCCGGGCUACCAGCCCAACGAGAACAACUACAUCGAGCCCGGCAAGCGGCCCGUCACCGCCAUGGCGCCCGGCCUGCUCGUCGACCGCCGAGGCGACGUGCAGCUCGUCAUCGGCGCCUCCGGGGGAGCGCGCAUCGUCAGCUCGGCCGCGUCCGUGAUCCACAACAUCGUGCGCCGCGACAUGAGCGUCGAAGAGGCCAUCGAGGCUCCCCGCCUGCACCACCAGCUGCUGCCCAACGUUGUCGUCUACGAGCAGCACUUCUCGGAGGAGGUGCUCGAGUCUCUCAGACGGCGGGGUCACGUGGUAAGGCCCAUGGAGCGGCGGCCAGCCGCGGUCAACGCCAUCGCCCGGGCGCAGGACCGCGUCAUAUACGCCGUCGCCGACUUCCGCAAGGGCGGCAUCGUCGACGGAUACUGACGGGCGCCGCCUGUCUCCCUCUUCACCCAUUUCAUUUGUCGUUGAUUUAUCAAUAUCCUUAGUUCGUUUCAUUAUUACAUCUUAUCACAUGUUCG